ACAUUAGACACUCCAUUGUUUCAUACACAACUCAAAAAUGGAGAGCAAAGUGGCAGGGUACUGCGCAGUUGCCGCCGUUCUGGGAAUAAUAGCCGCAACCACUGGUUUUGCGGCUGAGGCCACUAAGGUUAAGGCUUCUGAAGUUUAUAUUGUGCUCGAUACGUGCAUUUAUCCAAGUAGUCCCGCUCUUGCACUUGGAAUCGUAUCAGCAGUGUUCACAAUCAUUACACGAAUUUACAUAAGCGUUACGUUCGGUAGUGGCGGUUGUUGUCGAACUGAUCCUAAUGCAACUCCAAUUUCCAAACUACUAUCUGUUCUCUCAUGGGUAGCAUCGGUUAUAGCAGUGGGUCUAUUGUUGACAGCUGCGGGACUAAAUAAUAGAGAAGGUGGACAGGUUGAUUCAUAUGGUUAUAUAACAUGCUAUGUUGUAAAACCAGGAAUCUUUGCAACAGGAGCUAUUUUAGCUCUUUUAAGUGCAGUUUUUGGUAUUGCUGCUUUUAUUACAUUAACUCCACAACCACAAAUUACCACAAACCCUGCAGUUGCAUACCCCAUGGGUGCAAAUGUUGAUCCAGAGAAAAAUCCAGUGCCUUUCCCUCCUCAACAAUACCCACCACAACAAUAUUAGAAUGGACAGUGGAUAUGCGAUCCAUCUAAAGAUUGGUCACAAUCCAUGAUAAAAGAAAUAUCAAGAUCAAGAUGGUUUUAAAUACGCUUUUAAUUGUUUGUUUGAUGUAGUUUGUUGAACAAGGAUAUUGUUAUUUUGAUUUUUUGUUUUAUUGGACGUGUUCUAAUUUCCAGUUUCUUGCUUGUAUUUUCUCAAUUUGUAUAUGUAUUUUGUAUCAGAAACGAAUAAAAGUGCUAUUGGUAAUUUGGUAUU